AUGUCAUUCGUCAAACCGCAUCCGGGGCUCUCAAAUGCUCUUCUGCACCAGUUGGACUACAAUCAGAAUUCCGAUCGUAUCUACAGGAUUUAUGGGAGAGGUAAUGUUGAUUGGGGAUUCACACCCAAUGCCGACAUGGGCAUAACGUUCGACGCAAUGAUUCCCCGUGUCUUGCGUGAGCACGACGCGAAGGCACUCUUCUUUAUGUACAUGCGCCUUCUGGCGGCUGCACGGAAGGUCGGCGUCUCUGCAUCGGACCUCCGUGCACAGCUGCAUGCAGAGUGGGGCAUUGAUCCUCUGUGCGCUGCCCCUCCACCACCAUCAUCACAGGAAGAACUCGAAGCUUGGCGUACUAGAGAGGAACUGACACGUUCGCUAUACCGUGUCCGAAAGAUCGAGCAAAUGAAAAAGCUUUGGCAAUUGGAGCCGAAGCGAGCCCGUCGCUUGAAGAACGCCCAACAACACACUUAUUCAUCAGCUUACCUCAACUUGACCUUGACUUCAAGCCUGAAGGCCUAA